AUUUGAAAUUUGGCACUCUCACUCAUGUCCGAAGCUUCAGAAGAAGCUAAAAAGUCGGUUUUCGAAGCCUUCGACACAGCAAAGAGUUCAAAUGCUUCAUUUAAUCGUUCUCUAAAACUCCUGGAAAAAGCAAACGCAACUGACAGCAAGUCGUUUCUAGAAGUAUUUUUGACUUGUUUGAAUCGCAUCCUUCUAGUCUAUACAAAAGACCCCAAGGCGGAAAGAUUGGUAAAUUUCGUCGUAAAGUUUGUGAACAGCAAGUUUGAAGUGCUAUUUGGGGACAGUCCUGUUGACUUGUUCACAGUCAUAGUUGCCUAUCUUAUUCAACAUUCUUCGGCAUCGGAGAAAUCUAUUCGGUAUCGAUGCUGCCAGAUAUUAGCAGAAAUACUGCAAAAUAGAGAAGAAGAAUCAGAAAUAUCAGAAGAACUAUGGAAUGCUAUAACUCAUACAAUGCAGAUUCGUUGCAGAGAUCGUAUUUCUUCAGUUCGUAGUCAAGCUUUGCGUGCAUUGAGUCGUAUGCAGGACCCCUAUGAAGCAGAAGAUCCCAUAACACGGACUUUUUUGCAGCUUUUGAAGAAUGACACUGCGCCAAGUGUCCGAAGUACUGCUCUACACUAUGUUGCCAUAAGUGAUCAAUCGUUACCUUUAAUCAUACAACGUACUCGAGAUACAAGUGAAGAAGUGAGAAUCCAAGCGUACAUGGUCUUAAGGGAGAAAGUGGAUCCUCGCGCUCUUUCGAUUCAACAACGAAUAACUAUUCUGAGGGAUGGGCUCAAGAGUCGGUCACAAAACGUCCGUCGUUGCUGUGUGGGAAUGCUCAAACAAGGGUGGCUAGAAGGAUCAUGCGAGAGCAACUUAACAAAAUUAGUAAAGCUCUUGGAUGUCGAAACUAAUGAAGAGAAUGCUGUUAUCAUUUUGCAGGCAUUAUUUCGAGAAUCCGACAUACCAGUCACGGUCGAUGUCAAUGAAUUAUCAAAUGAAACUGCGAUUAUACUGAAAGCAAAGAUUGCGCACUAUAGAGAAUGUUCAGACGAAUCUUCUAUUGAUCUCUUUAUUCCUUCCGUGCAAGUUUAUUGUGAUAUUCUUGUAUAUUUCCACAGACAUUCCUUUAUUGCCAGACAGUUGCUUGAUAUUUCCGAAUAUCUCGAUUUUGGUGACGAAGCAGGACGCAUUCAUUUCUUGAGGAUUAUCAAACAAUUCUUACUUGAUCAACAGCUUGACACAGAAAUAAUACCUAAUUUGGUUCGAGCUUGGUCUAGAUGUGAGAACAAUAAUGUAUCCUUCGUUGCGGCAUGUUUAGAACUUCUUGGUGAGCUUUCUACUUCAGAAGAAUUUGUCGACGGUGUUUCAGCAGUAGAACGAGGGUUGGCAAUACUUAAGGAGUUGUUGACUAUUCAAGGACAAGGAGACUGUUCUUCGAACCCAUGCCCUGAGGAACUUGUGGAUAGUUUUGUUCAACAGGGCCUAGUAAGCACCAAGCAAAAGAUCAGAUUGCUUGCAGUGGAGUGUCUAGGGUUAUUUUGCAUCCAGGACGCAGAAGUUGUUAGAAUGCAGCAUUUGCCUUUGUUUUUGCAGAUUUGUAAUAGCGACACGGAGGAAUUGCAGAUUGUUGCUAUGAAAACACUGUUUGAUAUUCUCUUGUGCACCAAGUGGCAACGGCGAGGAGAAACUUGUGAGUUGGACGGAGAAAAUUCAUCAAUAAGUUCGUCAGUCAAAAGUGAACAUGCAGAAAAAAUUGAGGCAGAUUGUUUGACUUUUUUAGCGGAGCGCCUUACAAGCAACUCCGUAAACAUUAGAACUUGUGCAGUAGAAGGUUUUGCGAAACUGUUAUUGACGCGAAGAAUACCAACCUCUGUCACAAUUCUUUCCUGCUUAUUACUUCUUUACUUUGAUCCUUUCACUGAGGACGACUUCAAUUUGCGUCAGUGCCUUUCUGUGUUCUUUCCUGUCUUUUCAAUUUCUUUCCUCGAAAAUGUGUUGCUGAUAGAAAAGUGUUUUUUUAGUGUUAUUAAUACUAUUUUGGACGCUCCUCCCUCCAAGUCCCUUAGUGAGGCAUCUGUCUUGCAAGUUGCAGAAUAUCUUCUGUACUUGACCAAUGCUUCCGCUUCCUAUCCGAGAAGUGAACAAUUAAAUGAUAUACAAGACCAAGCACAACGUGUUCAUGAAAGAAUAUGUUGUCUUCUACUCCAUGGCAUUAUUGACGAUCCAGAUGGAAGAAAAGCUAGAGAGUUCUCCAAGAUUCUAAACUUCCUUAGAAUUAAUAUAACGGAAAUGCAAGACAGUUUUAAGCAGGAAAUAAGAGACCUUUUGUUUCUUGCAAAGGAGCAUGCUACAAUGCGACCUGUGAUAACAAACAUUCGUCGCUUUGAAAACCGAAUAUUCUCCGCAAAUGUGCUUUGCGAUACUUCAGAGAGGUCCAAUAUGGACGCUGGUGGAGCCGAAUGUUCUUCAUAAGUAAAAGAAUAUCAAAGUAACAAUUGUUGGCACUUCGAUCUUGCCUGUGUGCAUGCAGUUUUAUGAAGGACUGUCCUUGCUUCACUUUUUGACUUUUCAUGGCUUUUCAUGCGCUUCUAGAAUACCACGGACUGAGUGUGAGCUUCCU